AUGGAAGGCGAUGGCUCGGACGAGCGGAUUCUGGCGCUGGCCGAGCCCUUUUUGUGCGGCGGCGAGCAGCCGGUGAUGCACGCCCGCGUGGUGCGGGAGCAGGCCAUGCGCACCCUUCUGUCGCCGCCCUCGGGCGCGUCGUCCCCGGCGCUCGGCCAGCUCGUCAUCACCAACUUUGCUCUUCUCUUCAUUGUUGAGCGCUCCUCGACCUCCUCCUCCAGCUCGAGCAGCGCCACGAAACGUGAUGUGAACGACUUGUGGUGGAACAGCCUGGAUUUUAAGGUGCCCCUCGGCGCCAUCAGCAGGGUGGAAGCAAAAAAGGACAAGUACGUGCGCAUCCACUGCAAGGACUUCCGCCUGCUCCAGUUUACGAUGCCCUACACCCUUGCUGAUCCGACCAACACCAAGAAGCAAAUGGAGUUGACCAUGCGCAAGAUCGAGAGCACGCUUCGCAUGUUUGCCUUCUCGGGCAAGCUCAAGAAUUUAUUUGCCUUCAGUCACACCCUGUCCACGAAGCACUGCGUCAAUGGGUGGGACCGGGCCAACGUCAGAAAGGAUCUGCAGCGGAUGGGCCUCCCCACGGACAAGUGGCGCAUCUCCGACUCCAACCACUCCUACCUCAUCUGCCCCACCUACCCGUCCGUCUUCGCCGUCCCGGCCAACGUCAGCGACAUCACCCUCCACAAGGUGGGUGCGUUCAGGAGCAAGGGGCGGAUUCCUAUAUUGUCGUGGAUUCACCCCAAGAACGAGGCCACCAUCACGCGAGCCGCACAGCCGCUGGUGGGCAUCGGCGGAAGCCGUUCGACCGAAGACGAGCACCUCAUCAAGGAGAUCAUACGCGCCACCCCCUCGUCGGCGUUGGUUAUCAUGGACGCGCGGCCCAAGGUGAAUGCUGCCGCGAACAAGGCCCGGGGCGCUGGCUACGAGACGAUGUCGCACUAUGCGGGUGAGAUCAGCGGAAUGUCCGAGGACGCAAUCGCAGUGGCCGAGGUGGAGGGCCUCGAGGGCGGCAUCGGACAGAGCGGCGCGCUGGAGUUCCUGGGGAUCGAUAAUAUUCACGUUAUGCGGGACAGCGAGAAGAAGCUGAAGGACAUCUGCAACCACCUCAGCGUUCAAGACAAGGGCUGGUUCACCGCCCUCGACAACUCUCGGUGGCUCGAUUUCGUCUCGCUGCUGCUGGCCUGCACACGCCGGAUGGUGCUCACCAUCGAGGCCGGCAUCUCCAUUUUCACACACUGCUCCGCUGUCGAUCGAGCAGAUGGCUGGGACCGCACGUCGCAGCUGUCGGCGCUGGCCAUGCUCUGCCUCGACCCGUUCUACCGCACCAUCGAAGGUUUCGCCACCUUGAUCGAGCGCGAGUGGCUCGCCGUUGGGCACAAGUUUCAGCAACGGUAUGGGCACGGUGACAAGCACUACGACGACAGUAAUCGGUCGCCCAUCUUCCCCCAAUUCAUCGACUGCGUGCACCAGCUGCUUCAUCAAUUUCCCACAUGCUUUGAAUUCAACGAGGAAUUCCUGGUGACGAUUUUGGACGCCCUAUACUCGUGCCAGUACGGCACUUUCCUGUGCGACUCAGAGAAGGACCGGCAAGCGGCGCAGCUCCACUCGAAGACCGUCUCCCUGUGGAGCUACACGGACAAGCACAGGGACAGGUUCACCUCGCGCGCGUACAUCCCCUACGAUCAGGUACGGUAG